AUGUCUGGCAAGUACGUCUUCACUCAGGGCCUGAAGGAACUCCGCUUCCUCUUCUGCCAGACCUCCGAGGCUAGCGCAGCCACAAGAUCCUUCCUGAACCGCGCCUACCCGACCAUGAAGAAGCACAACCCUAACACUCCCAUUAUGAUGCGCGAAGCCGCCGGCACCCAGCCUCGUGUCUUUGCCCGUUACGCCCUCGGAAAGGAGAAGCAAGAAGCCUUGUCCGGCCUCUCAGACGCGCAGAUCGAAGAUCGCAUCACGCAAUUGGUGAAGCAGUCGUCAUAA